AGUGUCAUGGCGGCGUGAAUCAUGCAGUGUCAGAAACAGAAAUAGAACUCGCCGAAAGCAAUCUGUAAUGACUCUUCUUGCUAGUUUGGAUUUAUUCUCUCAUUAGGAAGUCCGGGAAACACAAACGAUGGCAGAUUCAGGCUCUGGUGACUCCAGUGGUCAACGAGUGCCAACCCCUGGAGGGAGUGGGGUUGGACUGCUGUCGGGCCGCCGACCAACAGCUGCCAUCACUGCCGGCCGCCUGCCUUCGAUGCGCUCUAGAGACCUCACACUGGGAGGAGUUAAGAAGAAAACGUUUACACCCAAUAUUAUUGGCCGAAAAGUCAAAGAAGAAACAAAAGUUGAAGGAGGGCAAAGGAGAGACAGAAGGGAUGCAGAUCGAGGCAGAGGCCCGAGAGACCGAGGCAGAGGCAGGGGUCGCCCAGAAGUCAUCCAGUCUCACUCUAUUUUUGAACAGGGACCUGCAGAGAUGAUGAUGAAAAAGAGAGGCGUUUAUGAGAGCGAACGAGACGCCCCCAGCAUGGGACCUUCACCCAUCAUCAACAUCAAAAAAGAGAAGAGAGAGACCGAGGAAGAAACCAAAGAGAUUCUACGCAAGUUGGAGCGAGACAAUUUCAUAGAUGACCCCUUUCUGAGGAGUGAGCAGAGAAGCUGCCCUGUACAGGUGCCUCUCGCUGUAUCAGGAUGGGGAUUUAAGGAGGAGUUUAAGGUUAAAGUUGAGAAGGUAGAGGAGGAUAUUGAACCCAUGGAUGCUUCGGUCGAAGUGAAAAAGGAGCCAGAAGAAACGGAAAUAAAGGCUGAAUCAUCUUUUAGGCCUCCGCCCCUUCCCGAGCCUGAGGUUCUGCCUGACCUGUUGCACCGGUGGAGUCUGAGCAAAGGGGAGGAGCUGUUCUUCAUGCAGUUACCUGACUCACUGCCUGGCCAGCCUCCUACCAAAGAGCAAAGACCAGUGAAAACUGAGGUGCAGUCAGAGGAUGGGCAGUCGGUGCUUCUGAAGACAGAGUCUCAGGAAGUAGAAGUUGAAGAAAACAACUGUAAUCUGAAGGAUCUGCGGGAAGGUCUUAUAGGAAAGAUGCUGGUGCGGAAGUCUGGCCGAGUGCAACUUAUUCUGGGACAAGUGACACUAGAUGUGUCGCUAGGAACGACAUGCUCUUUCCUGCAGGAACUGGUCUCCAUCGGCACAGAGGGACAGACAGGUGACUUAACUGUAUUGGGACAUAUCAAACAUAAAAUGGUUUGCUCUCCAGACUUUGAGGCUCUCUUACAGGGCAGUACGUGAUGCUCUUCAGAUGGAAGUCUCAGCCUCCUUGAGCCUAAUUACAGUAUUCGGUCAUAGUAUUGACGCAGUUUUCAUUAUUAUUACGAAUUAUCUCAUUGGAACCUGACAUU